AUGAAGAGCGUAUCAAGACAUUCCAUCCGCUAUCUUGUGGGUUCCAUCUUUCGUGAGGCUGGAGAGGCUAUGGACCGCAUGGGAUGUUUUCUGCAAGGAAGCGUGGCAUACAAGGAAGAGUUAAAUAGAACAAGAAGAGUUAUGGGCUUCCUCGGUAAUAAUCCAACCAUCCAAUCAACAGACGUAUUUAUUGCUCCAAAUGCUAGCGUUAUUGGUAAAGUUACUAUUGGACCAAAGUCUUCAAUUUGGUACAACACAGUCAUUAGAGGUGAUGUGAAUGCUAUAAAAAUUGGAGAAAACACCAACAUUCAAGACAGAGUUGUGAUUCAUUGUACUGGCAAGAGAGGACAUGAAAAGCCAACCAUUAUCGGAAAUAAUGUUACUGUUGAAAGCGGUGCUAUUUUACAUGCCUGUACUUUAGAAGACGAAUGUUAUGUUGGCAUUGGAGCUACCGUGUUGGAUGGAGCUGUGGUUGGAAAGGGUGCCAUGAUUGCACCAGGAUCUGUGGUGACACCAGGUACAGUUGUUCCAAGUGGAGAAAUAUGGGCUGGUGUUCCUGCAAAGAAGCUCCGUGAAUUGACUCCUGAAGAGCAGGAUUUGAUCAUGAAGAGUGCUGCUGAAAAUUCAGAAUUGGCUCAAGUUCAUAAAGAAGAAACAGAUAAGGAAUUCGAAACAAUGUUGCGAGACAUGGAGAAAUUCAAAUUCCGUGAAGAUAGACUUCAAGAUUAUACUUAUGAAAAAGUUGAGGACUCACAACAAAAUGGUCCAGUCAAGGCUCUCUAA